CCUACAUUCGUGCGUUGUUUCAACGCUGCUGUUCAGUAUAGAAGACUAGAGGCUGAACAAAAGCUGAUCUUUCCUUCUCAGACACCCAAAACUCCGAUAACACAAAAUCCCACAACACACAGAAACCCAAGAACAAAAAACCUCAAAAUCAGCAACAACAACAAAGAUGUCGUGGCAAACGUACGUAGACGACCAUCUGAUGUGCGAAAUUGAAGGCAACCACCUCUCUGCCGCCGCCAUCAUCGGCCACGACGGCAGCGUUUGGGCCCAGAGCGCCACUUUCCCUCAGUUGAAGCCUGAAGAAGUGACUGGCAUUCUGAAUGACUUCAAUGAACCUGGUUCACUUGCCCCAACUGGGUUGUAUCUUGGAGGCACAAAGUACAUGGUCAUCCAAGGAGAGCCAGGAGCUGUCAUUAGAGGAAAGAAGGGACCAGGUGGUGUUACUGUCAAGAAGAGCACUCUUGCUUUGCUGAUUGGCAUUUAUGAUGAGCCAAUGACUCCUGGCCAAUGCAACAUGAUUGUUGAAAGGCUUGGUGAUUAUCUGGUUGAGCAGGGUCUCUAGAGACCUUGGUAUGUCUUCUUUUAUUUAGGGGAUGUUCCUGGUUUCUGUUAAAGUUUGCUUCUUCUCACUCUGACCCUGCUGCUGGAAAUGUUUGGUUGCAGUGAAAACAACAUGUAUUAAUAGUGGUGGGAUUGGAACCACUUGUGGAAACAAAAUUUGGUGCUUGGGAAAUGUUGAUUAUGGUCUUUGUCUUACCGUCUUUGUACUCCUUUGAUGAAUUGUAUUGUAUUGUAUGAUUUUCAAGUGAGAUACUUGUCCACAUGAUUUCAGUAACUGAAUGUGGCAAAUUGAUUUGCAUGAAUUUAUAGAUAUGCCUUAUUUUUAUCA